AUGGUUUCACUAAUUUUAUGUUUUGCCUAUUUUGUUCACGUUUUUUUUUCUUGGAUGCUCUGCACUUACAGCGAUGGAUGUGGUUUCGCUAUACAGUCACGGCAUCGUGCAUGUAAUAAUCCUACUCCAUCAUCAGGUGGACAGGUCUGCCACGGUUUAGCUCACCAGACGUCAGUCUGCGGCACUGAAUCAUGCAACGGUUCGCACAUUUUACGUUCAUUGCCACAAUUUCACAGUGUCCGCGGACAACUUGUUCCUUCAAUCUGA